CAUGCCUUUGUCCGGAAUCGAACAGAGACCCUUCGGUCUGCAGGCGGAUGCUCUAACCAUUAAGGAAACCAUCCAGGGCACCACUUUUUUUAAAGUCACCAAUUAAACUGAACUCAAAGCUACUAAAGGGUACUGGACAGCCUGGGCGCUCUCCCUCCUGGGAGCGUGCCACAGCUUUCCCUUCCCCCUCCCUCUCCCAAACCUCCCCAGGCGCAUUAUCAUCAGCUUCCUAGCUCCCAAGCUCCAAGGCCCUUCCUUUACCUAAAAAUUAUAAUAAUAAUAAUAACUGCACAGCCUGGACCGAGAGCAGUGGCUCUUGACUUCCACAGCCUUCACCGGGCUCUGUCACACACAUUCUCUCACCUGAUUCUCACAGCUACCCUCGGAGUUAGGAGCUAUAAUUAUCCUCUUUGAAGAGUCUAGCUGCCAGGGCCCAAAUCCUACCUCCCACUUACUGGCUGUGUGUCUGAGGACAACUGUUUUCCUGUCUGAAAAAGAAGAUACUGUUGUGCAAAUUAUAUGAGUCAGUAUUUGUAAAGUGGUUGGGACAGGGCCUGGAAUUCACACUUUAUAAGUAUUAGCUCUGAUGGGGAAAUGGAAGUUCAGAGAGGUUAUGUGACUUGCCAAAAGUCACACAGCUCAGGAGCAGUCUCUCUAACUGAGGGUGGGUAGCAGUGUGGCUUUUAUCCGCGGGAAGCCCCCAAUUCACACAGACCUGACCCCUGGCCUUCCAUUUCUUUCCCUCAGAAGUUCCACCUGGUGCCAAGCAUCAAUGCUGUGAGUGGCAGCCAGGAGCUGCAGUGGAUGGUUCAGCCUCACUUCCUGGGACCCAGCAGCUACCCCAGACCUCUGGCCUAUCCUCAGUACAGCUACCCACAGCCCCGGCCUGGAGUCAUCCGGGCCCUGGGGCCACCUCCAGGGGUGCGUCGCCGGCCCUCUGAACAGAUCAGCCCAGAGGAGGAGGAGCGCCGUCGGGUGAGGCGCGAGCGGAACAAGCUGGCCGCGGCAAAGUGCAGGAACCGGAGGAAGGAACUGACCGAUUUCCUGCAGGCGGAGACCGACAAGCUGGAGGACGAGAAAUCAGGACUGCAGCGAGAGAUUGAGGAGCUGCAGAAGCAGAAGGAGCGGCUGGAGCUGGUGCUCGAAGCCCACCGCCCCAUCUGCAAAAUCCCGGAAGGAGCCAAGGAGAGCGACACUGGUGGCCCAGGCGGUGCCAGCAGCCCACCAGCCCCCUCCCGCCCUGUGCCUUGUAUCUCCCUCUCCCCAGGGCCUGUGCUUGAACCCGAAGCAUUGCACACCCCCACGCUCAUGACCACACCCUCUCUGACUCCUUUCACACCCAGUCUGGUUUUCACCUACCCCAGUACGCCUGAGCCCUGUGCCUCAGCCCAUCGCAGGAGCAGUAGCAGCAGUGGGGACCCAUCCUCUGAUCCCCUAGGCUCCCCCACCCUCUUGGCCUUAUGAGGCACUCUGGUGAUCCUCCCUGGCCCAUAUCUCCCCAUCCAUUGGUCCAGCUGGCCUGGGCUAUAUCCCAUGCUCAACCCCAGCAGGUUCUCCAUCCCUCCAGAUGAGACUGAGCCUAUUUUGCUUCCUGGCAGAGCCAGCUUGGGGCCACCAAAGCAGCUCAGUUUCUCUAGGGCUGGCCUCUCUAGCACAAUUUGCAUUAAAUCAGAGACGAACUAUUUCCCAUUUGUGCAAGAGAACUCCUGGCAGCCCCCAAGGACUUUAUAGACCUCUAGAGGUUUUCUGGAGCCCUAACCCCCUCCAGGCCUUCCCUAAGUCUUCAUUACCCUCUUCCUGUGAUCUACCCAACCUUACCCCCGGACAGAAGGUGAUAUGAUACCAGCCUAGAACACUAACUCAUCCAGCCCCACUGCCAGCAGCACCCGGUGAUUGAACCAGGGCAUUCUGCCGUCCCCUCCAGAAAUGGCACAGUUCAAGAGAGUGCUAGAGACUUCUGUGAUGAGCUGAGCUGCAGCCCCUGGCUCUGAGAAGACUUUAGCUCCAGGGAAUCUAAGCCUCCACUGCAAGGGCAGCUGCUAUUUAUUUUCCUAAAGAGAGUAUUUUUAUACAAACCUGCCAAAAUGGAAUAAAAGGCUUGAAGCUCUG